ACAAGUAGGUGUGGCUAAUGAAAAUAAUGGAGUGAUGUCAUAAUAAUGAGUUUUUUGAUGAGGCAGUGAAAUUUGAGGAGGGAGGAGACACGAGCAAGUUAAAAAGAAGAAUACGAACACAGGGUCAGAGAGAUCGAGCAGGGAGUCUUCAUACCCCUAGUCCUCUCAACCUGGGGAGGAACGGGCGAGGAAGAAGUAACCUUCUAAUGACAGAUAGCAUCAAAUGACAGAUAGCAUCAAAGAAACAGAAUCCCUACCCAGCUGUAAUGGGAUGGCUUAGAUGCAGGCUAUCAUUUGCAUCCAUUCGCUCCUCAAUCAUGUGCAUUCGAGCGUCUCUAUGAGCCUCUUUGCAUAAACCAGUCUACACGGACAAUAAUAUUAUCACUCUUGUAUCUCAGGAGGGGCGUGUUCCCCCCUGAAUACAUAAUCAUCAUACAGAGGCGGUUCGACACACAUCAUCUUGACGCCUUCAGUCAUGUGAUAACUAUAGACCUUUAUAGAACUCCUUUGAGGUCAAAGGUGAGAAUGUAAAAGCUUAUAGAGAACACCAUAGAUAGUAAAGGAAAGGGAUUGGAAACCCAUUACAUCAUACGGCUCAAUUCUACUUACUAAUCUUAACCUCGAUUACAGGCCCUUCAUUGCGGCGUAAAUUUGAGGCCACAUUGAUAUUUGAGCAUUCAAGAUCUACAUGUAAACCGACGACAAAAAUUUUAUUAUCUUACUGAACUCCCUUUGUGAGUCUUGACACUAAUCAUAAGUGUAUACUGUACUCUAAGGAAUGUGUAUAUAGUGGUUGCAGAGAGAAUGAACAACAGUGUAUACCCACAAGCAAAAAUAAACACGUACAUGUAUAUUUAAUAUGAGGUGAGGUUACUAUGUGUCUUAUGGCUGAUAUUGUUGAAUUCAUAUCUUCCUAGAUGCUUUUGUUUUGUUGAGAGAGAGUGGGAUCUGGUUGAGGAGGACUUGCACCUUUUCUUACGAGCUUUUUGCUUCACAUCCUAAAAAGACAAUUAAUGAUAAUUGUAAAUCACGAUUGGAUGCCCUGAUCACUCCAAAAUCAUUUGCAUACCACAUUUUAGCAUGAGUAAUACAAUAAUUAUUAUAAGCAAUAGAGCUUCUGCAAACAACUCACCCCAAUCAGAUUUUACUGUGUGUGUUAGUGCAUGGGCGGUAUAUAGGACAAGUUUUCUCGGAGAAUAGAAUUUUUUUGGAAAAGCAGUGUAGGGAAGGUGAGAGGGCGAUGGGAGUGUUCCUAGGCCACUUCUUGCAGUGUCUCUGUACAGCCUGCAGAACAGUGGAACAUCGAAGGUGCCUAAUGGCAGAGCUCUGACUGCUUGCGCAUGCACAAAAUUAUUGCUGUACAUUGUACUUCCUGACCACUGCAAUUAUAAAAACGGCUCUUCUUUCGCAGCAAACAUCUAUCUGAACAACAAUAAAUUAUUUUGAAAACAUAAAAUGUCUUCCACUGACUCAAAGACAAAAAGAAUUAGCCUUGAAAGGCUGAACAAGAGGAGAAUGAGCCUCCCAGUUCUCUUAACAUUUGAGUCACUGGUCCCAGUCAAAGAAAAUAAGACCAAGAAAGGAGUACACUUUCCUCUAGGAGUGUUAAUGCAGCAAGCAGUCACUAAUGGAGACCUAAAAGAAAUCAAGCAAUUGGUGAAAGACUUUGGACCUGAGGCUAUGAAUGAAAAAGAACCCAGUGGCCUUCCUCCAGUCAUGAGAGCCAUUUUCGAAGGGCAGCUCGACUCCCUGCAAAUGCUAAUUAAUGCUGGAGCAGAUGUCUCAGUCCGUGAUCCAGAAGACUGGAACGUACUCCAUGUUGCAGCUGCAAUGGACGAUUACAAAGCAGCCGAGCUGAUAAUCUGCUCUUGCAAAAAUAUUGACACAAUGUUACACUCAGAGAACAUGGCUGGGGAGAGACCUAUCGAUCUCGCUGAGAACAUUGAAAUGGCAAGACUACUACUAGAUGCUAACUUGACACACUUCAGAAGAGAAUUAGAAAAUCAAGUGACCAAAUUAUCCACAGCUGAUUCAUCGAUUGAAAGUGAAGAUUCUGUGAUCCAGCUCGUUCAAGACUACUACAGAAAGCACAAUGAAUGUCACUCUUUGAACACUUUCCUAAAGAACAAUACUCCAUAUUGCUCACUACUGCAUCUAGCAGCUACAAAGAACUAUGCAAAAUUAGCAGAGCUUGUAUGUGCAUCGCAUCUGAUAUCGACUGAAACUCAAGACAAGAAUGGCUGGACUCCUCUACAUGUGGCCACAUAUUUCAACAACAUCGAAGUGGUCCUAGUACUGAUUGGACACAAAGCGAACACUAAUGCACUCACUAACUCAUUCGAGAAGGCUGCUGACCUCAGUCAUCACGAACUUAUUCUGUCAGUAUUGAGCACUCGCACACUUCCUUAUAAUCACAUGAAUUCUCUCAUUUCAACUCAGUAAUAAUUAUUUAUUUUUCACCUGUUUGUGUAUUUCUUUGUGUUUGUACAAUGUG